UGAACCCAAUGACCCUAGAAAGCUGGGUGGGAGCUGUGCUGUGGCCAGCCUCCACAGCUAGAGUCCCGUUGAGUCCCCGAAGCCCCUGCCCAGUGGUAGGUUGCCGUCUGUUGCCCGAGGCCCCUGCGCAGUGGUAGGUUGCCGCAUGUUGCCCGAGGCCCCUGCCCAGUGGUAGGUUGCCGUCUGUUGCCCGAGGCCCCUGCCCAGUGGUAGGUUGCCGUCUGUUGCCCGAGACCCCUGCCCAGUGGUAGGUUGCCGCCUGUUGCCCGAAGCCCCUGCCCAGUGGUA